GAUCCGAAAAUUAACACUGCACGCCAUCAAGAUCCAGUGAGUUCAAUACGGCUCGGCAUUAUUCCCUAGGAUUCUUAGAUUCUAUUGAAGACAAGUCAGAAUUUAGUGAAUAAUGUCAAGAAAGGUUAUUCUUCUAUUAUUUGCUGUGCAACUUUGUUUGAUGAGUAUUGGAUCACAUGUUGCAGCUACGUUAACAUCUAGUCUCAAUUCGACCAAUGGGGCCAUCACAGUGUGCCCAGGUGUCCCCAUCUCCCUCACCUGCGUCCAUGACAAUAACGCUAGUGGUGUGACUCGCUGGAGGGUCACCGGUACCUCAACAGCAAACUGUGAAGAAGCUGUUGCUCAUGCUUCACUGAUGCCCCCUGAUGACAUGUGUGGUCUAUUCACAAUCACCAUGAUCAGUGGAACCUCUAGUCCAACAAUGUUCACCUCAACUGCCCAGACUACUGCCACAGAGGCCAUCAAUGGUGCUGUAGUAGAGUGCUUCUCCAGUGGUCUGGAUACAUCACUCGUUGGAAAUAUCACCAUCAAUGUACUCUCUAUCCCCACUCCUGACCUCUCCAUUGAGCAAGUCUCCCAGUCAGUGGUGAGGGCCAACCUGUCAGUGACGGACACUCAGUGUGUUGCAAGUUAUCAAGUGGAUGCUACUCCAACCAGUGGCCCUGUGUCAACCAGCUCAAGCACUGAUUCAACAUUCAAUGUCACUGGUCUAAAUGUGUGCGAGAAUAACUAUACACUGUCAGGAUCGGUCUUUACAGCUGAUAGGGUUCAAAGUGUAUUGAGCUCUCCCAUCAAUUUCGCUGCAAACCUGUCAGAUGUUAAUGAGGGCAUAACUGUGACUAUCAAUCAAAUGGACCCACUCAUUGAAUGGACACAAACUCUCAACCCUCUCUACCCAACCUGUAUUACUGAAUAUGUGGUGAUUGAUCAAGGGAACCAGUCCCUCACAAGCAUUGUUGACUCAGAUACAAGAUCACUUACUGCACAGCAACUCAAUGCAGCUGGCUUCCCCUACUGUAUCAGUAUCCACCCUACAGUCACACCAACGACUCCAAUGGGACCUCUGACCUCAGUUAUGGGCAGUUCCAACCUCUAUACUAAUCUCAUUGAUCCAGAUUUUCCCACCCCGAUGCUUACCUUCAGUUUUCCUCCCCUCAAUCACUCUGAAAAUGAGACGGGGAUCGUCGUAUUGCGUGUCUAUGUACAAACACUCCCUGAAUCUGAGGUUCCCACUCGUAACUAUCGCUACACCAACCUCACUGGUUCAUUGUCCUCCAUGGUGAACUUCACUCGAGAUAUGUUUGAGAUUGCAUUGGCUGGAGCAGAUGGUGGCCAUCUUGUUAAUGUCACUGUGAUGUUUGCGAGGGGUCAAUGCACAAGUUCAACAAUGGCUUCUUUCACUGUGCCUGAUAGGACCACCUCUAUAGUGAUGCAAGGUCCAACUACAGACACCAGUCACCCUGUCACAAUCACUCUACCCCUCACCCCCUACCAACCCGAGGAGCUGCUCAUCAUCUCAACUGUCCAGCCUUCCAAUGGCAAUCCAAUGAUGGCUAACUUUUCUCGCCCUGGGAUGCAGUACUCAAUGACCUUUGAUAACCUCAUGGUUGGUACAUCCUACACCUUCACCGUCAGGAUUGUCCUCCGUGCCAACACUACAGUGGUUGUUGUUCAACCCGCUAUGGGAUUAUUCAUGACCCUUAUAACCCCAACAACCACUCCUCCCCCCACUACCAUGGCCACUACCACCACCUCCACUCAAACACCCACCCAACCAACUACUGCCCCUCAGGGUGAAGGUUGUGGUGGUGGUUGUAUUGCUGGAAUCAUCAUUGGUUUUCUGAUUGUUCUAUUGAUAGUUGUGGUCAUCGUUGCCAUCAUUCCGUGCUACUGGAACAAAAAAAGAAAACCGAAGGUAUCAUCACAAGAAAUGGAGCAACAAAGAACUCUAACUACCAACGAUGGGGAGGAGGUGGAUUCCAUGGCCAACAUACCUGAAUACCCGCCCACACCUGAAUCCGACAAGUUGGGUCCAGUGUACGAAGAUCCUGAUGCCUUUAAAGUAGACCCUCACACUGAGGACAAUCUUGCCUAUGGUCAUGUUCAACAGUCAGCUCAAUUGAAGGGACCGAUAUAUGAGGACAUUAAACCAGACCCUCACACCCAGGGGAACCUCGCUUAUGGACAUGUGCAAUUCAAUUCAUUUUAAAACAGUGAGUCUAUUCAUUUACUUCAGAUGAUUUUUAUCACACAUUUUUAGCAGUCUGUACAAUUCAUGCGUUCUUACUUAAAGUUUGGUGUUUGAAGGAAGAGCUCAAUGUCAUCAUACUGAAACAAAUCCACUGCGAUUUGUAUUGUAUACCAUAAUUAUUAUACAGUCAAAACUACAGUAUCAUGUUCAGGAAAACAA